AGCGCCAAUGCGCCGCAAUUUAUCAGAAAUCAAAAAAGCUUUCACUACACGAAUCCUUAAACACUCUCCCUCUUAAACCACUGCACAUCUUUUACAUUCAUCAUGGCGGAUUUUGAACCACCUUCCUUCUCCUUAGGGCUCGAUCUUGAUCCACCUGAUUCCGAUCCCCAAACUGCUACUGCAACUAACAAUAAUAGCCCUCCGUCAAUACUCCUAGAUGACGAUGAUGAUUUUGAAACCCUAACAGUUGUUGAUUCAGAUCCUGAUGAUCGGGAUUCCGUUCCCAAAUUGAAGCGGCUCCGGCGAGGAUCUGCCGUGUCAUUGGCUUCCGGUAAGAGUGUGGUGGAUCUGCAGGCUUCGGUGGUUGUUGAUGAUGAUGAUAUUGAAGAUUUCUCUUCGCCAGAGGAUAACUGUACAGACAAACAUCUUUCGACACAACACCAUUCAGUCUGCAAAACUUCAAAAUUUUCACUUAAUGUACAAUCAGGUAACAGAAAACAAAACGCCUCAAAUGCACAAGAGUCCGUAAUCACAAGCUGCAAUAAACCACCAUUCCCAAAGUUAUCAGCCAGUCCUCUCAGAAGGUUUCAGUUGAUUGAUUCCGACUCAGAUUAUGACGAUCCCUAUAUCAGUGAAGGUACCACUAACAAGACUUAUAACAGAUCAGAACCGUAUUUGAACUGUGGCCCACCUGAUGUUGUGCAACAUGAGCAGAAAAAAAUAAAUGAACCAAAUAAAACAUCCACUAAGAAAGAUCUAUGGGAGGAUUUCGAACCCGAGAAGAGUUUUCGUAUCCCAACACCUGCAUUGGAUGAAUUUUGUGAGGAGUAUUUUAGUAGCGUGAAAGAUAAAAGAAUAUCUCAGAGUAAUGUAGGAAAGAUUAACCGAAAUAUUCAUGUUACAAACAAUGUAAUAGAUUUGGGUGACCCUCGUCCUCCUGCUCAUCAGUAUUUCUUCCAUAAUGAUCCUAGGGUCCAAGAUUUAGUUCGAACUCGCUUGCCAAAUUUCUUCCCUAUAAAUGCAGAGAACAAAGAUUCUGAGCAGCCUAGUACAUCAAACAUUGAUUACAUGGGUCAGUUUAGAUGUGCUGAAAACUCUAAACAAGCUGCUAGAACUAAUAAAGCUGAAACAAGCUCAAGGAAAAAUUCAAGAAAAUCAAAAACCCAAGAAACAGCUCAAGGCUCUAUGAAUCCGCCGGCGCUUAAUACUGAGAGACGGGUCCCGAAAGUUGCUGGCAAAAGAAGGGUUCAAGCAGAUGGUCAAUCUGCUAGUGCUGGUACUGUUGGGCAUUGGUUUACAAACCAAGAAGGGAAGAGGGUUUAUGUCAGUAAAAAUGGGCAAGAGUUGACUGGCCGAGCUGCUUACAUGCUUUAUAAAAAGGAAAGUGGAGCCGGAUUUAGAAGUAAAAAGGCAAAGAAAACUUCCACCAAGAAGAAAUGAAUGCUGAUUGUGUGUAUAUGAUUGUAUUCCAAGAGUUUGUCAUGUCAGCUAGCAUUUUCAGCUUAUCCACGUGGCAUGUGAUGACUUAGGUCAACCAGUUUUGUUGCUUCUUCUGAGUUCUGAUACAUGCGUAGACCAUGUCUCUGCAAAAUGGUCGGUCGGGUCACAAUAGGUUGUUUUUAGGUACAUGCUAAAACUUGUCGGGCGGAGCCAGCCCCCAACUACUUGAUGUUUUUUCUUGUUUGAACUUACAGAUAAAUAAUUGACGUGUUAAGUAUGAUUUCAUAAAUUGUAUUUUUACAUUAGUAACA